UCUUGCUUCACGUACUAACGCGACUCCCUCUCUUGGACUCCUCGGGGACCUGAACAGAUAUGGACACCCUUGCGUUAGCGACUUCUUUCCAAUCCUAGUUUGAUUGUUCCGCUGCAAAGUAAAUUUGGGAGCACGCAAAAAAAGAAAAAAGAAAAGAAAAAAAAUACCCCAAACAUUCUUUACGGUCUUCCGUUUCCGGCUGGCUUAUUGCCUUGGUAACUAGGACGCUCAACCGCCGUGGCGGUUAUGGCGGGGCUGGGCAGUACGCAGAUCCCCGACGGGGAGUUCACCGCGGCCGUGUACCGGCUCAUCCGGGAUAACCGCCACGCCGAGGCGGUGCAGCUGCUGGGCGGAGAGCUCCAGCGGAGCCCCAGGAGCCGCGCCGGCCUGUCGCUGCUGGGCUACUGCUACUACCGCCUGCAGGAGUUCGCGCUGGCGGCCGAGUGCUACGAGCAGCUGAGCCAGCUGCACCCGGAACUGGAGCAGUACCGCCUGUACCAGGCCCAGGCCCUAUACAAGGCCUGCCUUUAUCCAGAGGCCACCCGGGUCGCCUUUCUCCUCUUGGACAACCCCACCUACCACAGCCAGGUCCUCCACCUACAAGCUGCUAUCAAGUACAGCGAGGGCGAUCUGCCUGGGGCCAGGAGCCUGGUGGAGCAGCUCCUGAGUGGGGAAGGGGGAGAAGGCAGUGGGGGCGAGAAUGAGCCCGAUGGCCAGGUCAACCUGGGAUGUUUGCUCUACAAGGAGGGGCAGUAUGAAGCCGCGUGUUCCAAGUUCUUUGCAGCCCUACAGACCUCGGGCUACCGGCCUGACCUUUCCUACAACCUGGCUUUAGCUUAUUACAGCAACCGGCGCUAUGCCCCGGCGCUGAAGCAUAUCGCCGACAUUAUUGAGCAUGGCAUCCGCCAGCACCCAGAGCUAGGUGUGGGCAUGACCACCGAGGGCAUUGAUGUUCGCAGUGUUGGCAACACUUUAGUCCUUCACCAGACUGCUCUGGUGGAAGCCUUCAACCUCAAGGCGGCCAUAGAAUACCAACUGAAAAACUAUGAGGUGGCCCAGGAAACCCUCACUGACAUGCCACCUAGGGCAGAGGAGGAGUUAGACCCUGUGACCCUGCACAACCAGGCGCUAAUGAACAUGGAUGCCAGGCCUACAGAAGGGUUUGAAAAGCUCCAGUUUUUGCUCCAACAGAACCCCUUCCCCCCAGAGACGUUUGGCAACCUGUUGCUGCUCUACUGUAAGUAUGAGUAUUUUGACCUGGCAGCAGAUGUCCUGGCAGAGAAUGCUCAUUUGACUUAUAAGUUCCUCACACCCUAUCUCUACGACUUCUUGGAUGCCAUGAUCACUUGUCCAACAUCUCCUGAAGAGGCAUUCAUUAAGCUUGAUGGGCUAGCAGGGAUGCUAACUGAGCAGCUCCGGAAACUUACUAUACAAAUACAGGAAGCAAGACACAGUAGAGAUGAUGAAGCAGUCAAAAAGGCAGUGAAUGAAUAUGAUGACAUCCUGGAGAAGUAUAUUCCUGUGCUGAUGGCCCAGGCGAAAAUCUACUGGAACCUUGAAAACUACCCAAUGGUAGAAAAGAUCUUCCGAAAAUCUGUGGAAUUCUGCAAUGACCAUGAUGUGUGGAAGCUGAAUGUGGCUCAUGUUCUGUUCAUGCAGGAAAACAAAUACAAAGAGGCCAUCGGUUUUUAUGAGCCCAUAGUCAAGAAGCAUUAUGACAACAUCCUGAAUGUCAGUGCUAUUGUACUGGCUAACCUCUGUGUUUCAUAUAUUAUGACGAGUCAAAAUGAAGAAGCCGAGGAGCUGAUGAGGAAAAUUGAGAAGGAGGAAGAGCAGCUCUCCUUUGACGACCCGGAUAAGAAAAUCUACCAUCUGUGCAUUGUGAAUUUGGUGAUUGGGACACUUUACUGUGCCAAAGGAAAUUAUGAGUUUGGGAUUUCUCGAGUUAUCAAAAGCUUGGAACCCUAUAAUAAAAAACUGGGAACUGAUACCUGGUAUUAUGCCAAAAGAUGCUUCCUGUCCUUGUUAGAAAACAUGUCAAAGCACUCGAUCAUGCUUCGUGAUAGUGUUAUUGAAGAAUGUAUCCAAUUUCUAGAACACUGUGAACUUCAUGGCAGGAACGUACCUGCCAUUAUUGAACAACCCCUGGAAGAAGAAAGAAUGCAUAUUGGAAAGAAUACAGUCACCUAUGAGUCCAGACAGUUAAAAGCUUUGAUUUAUGAGAUUAUAGGAUGGAAUAUGUAGUCAUGUCUUAUAUUGGCUUUUAUCAUAAUGGCUUUAUAUAUGUGUUUUGUACUCUUUUAUCUGUAUCAGCCAUCAGCUGCUUUACAUUGUUACAUGUUGAACUUUGUACACUUCAAAAUUAUAUUUUAUUUUUUGCUUAUAAAAUAUUCACUAAGUGAAAUACAAGAAUUUUGAUCCCUGGGAAGCUCUCUGAAAAACUCAGAACUGAAUAGGGACACUGUGUCUACUAGAACUUGUAGUGCCUAUGUUCUAUCUCCUUUUUUAUCAUUUGUGCUUUAUUGUAUUUUGAGUCCCUGCACAAGGACUACAUUACCCAGCAAUUUAGCACCAUUAAACCUAGAACUUAGUGAUUAAUGUAUAGAGUUUCUAGGCUUUUAAUAAUAAUUUUAGGGAUUGCAUGUUCUAUUCUAACAGUUUACCCUCAUAAUUAUAUUAACUUGUAACGCAUACAUUUUAAUACAGUUUAGGAUGUUUGUGCAGGGUUUUUCAAUAUAGAUGUAAAGCUUUAUGUAACCAAAAUUACUUAGGUUAUUUUUUUUUAUGUGCAUGAUUCAUUGGGAAAUCUUGUGCCCUUAAUAGAAUUAUGGUGCUAUGUUGUAGAGACAAUAAACAAUUGUCAAACAA